AUGCUCGAUAGUAAUACCAGCCUGCGAUGUCUCCGACAACUGCCUUACAACACCUUGGCUACCGCAAUACAAUCAACCUACAUCCUGGGAUAUCAGGCCGGGCUCUAUGGCUACGGCGAUUUCUACUACGGCCCAUCUGUCGAUGGUCGCAUCAUCCAGGACCUGCCCUCGGAUGAAUUUGAACGGGGUUACUUCAGUCGAGUUCCUCUGCUCACUGAUCGUGCGACAUACGAAGGAGCCUUUUUCAGCAACUUCUCACUCACCGACGCUACGGAAGCCGAUGCAGAUCUUCAGAGAGUUUGGCCCGCCGCGCAACCUUCCUUCUUCACGCGAUUGAACGAACUGUACCCGCUGUCAGCAUUCACAGGGUCUUAUCUCGACAGCCCUUUCAUCGCCGCGCUAGCUUCAUUGAUCCCAACUACGAUGAACAACUCUGCUAUCUGGAAACGAGUUGUGAUUUUCGGCGAUUUCAUCAUCAACUGUCCAACGUACUACAUGGGCUCCGCUCUUAGCCAUGCCGGUGUACCAGUGUGGAAAAUGGUCUUCAAUGCUGGAUCACAAACCCACGCCGCAACAGCACCAUACUUCUUGUUCCCUCCAGGGAACGUGACCAGCUUCCUUGAGAAUCAGUUCAUUGCGUCUAACGCAACUUUGGCAGCAAUCAUGAGGGAUUACUUCCUUUCCUUUGCUACGGAGUUGGAUCCCAACGCUGCGUCCUUUUCAGGGGUCGAGAGGCCUUACUGGCCUCAGUAUGACACGCCGGCAGACGCUGCCGAGUUCACGGUCCUGGAAGUCAACUAUACCAUGAUUGGCUCUAGAUCUGGUCCCGAUGGCUCAGUGCAGUGCGACUUCUUCUUUGCGGAGGGGGAGGUUGUGAGGAACUGA